AUGUUUACUUUAUUAGAAGAUUUACCAAAUGAAUUAAUAAUAGAAAUAUUUAGUUAUACACAAAUUUAUGAUUUAUUAUCGGGUUUUUGGAAUUUAAAUAAACGUUUUAAUCAACUUAUUCAUUCACUUAGAUAUUUAUGUUUAGUUUUAACAAAAAAUCAAACAUAUGAAAAUAUUUUAUUAUCUGAACAAAUUACACGUAUUGUUAUUGUUACUUUAGAUUAUAUUAAUUUAAAUCCAUUUAAUAAUUUACGUUCAUUAAUAUUAAAUUUAGCAACUGAAAAUCAUUUAAAACAAAUUCAAUCAAAAAUUUUACCAAAUCUUGUUUAUCUUUCAUUACCUAUUUCAUUUGAUUAUCAAUCUACAAAACAAUUAACAUCUGAAAUAUUUUCAAAUCAAUUUAAAUUUCUUCGUUUUGCUGAUUUAGGUCAAAUUAAUAUGCCAAGUAAAUUAUCAUGGUCUGAAUCACCAUCUCUUCGCUCAAUUUGUAUUCGUUCUCCAAAUAUAAAUAUAAUUCCAUUAAUUCUUCAAUCAUGUACUCAAUUAACACAUUUUCAAGUACGUAUUACUGAUGAAAAUCAUUUAGACAUAUCUUCAUUACCAAUAAUAUUAAAUCAUCCAUUAAAACAAUUUAUUUUUUUACAAUUUCAAAAUUCAACAUUUGUUUAUGAUAUUGUAAAUAUAAUAUAUUUAAUACCAAAUAUAAAAUAUAUAGAUUUACGUUUAUGUACAAGAUCAUUUAUUGAUUUAAUAAAAUUGAUUUCAAAAUAUUUAAUUAAUUUAAAAAAUUUUGAUUGUCAUAUUAUUGAAUAUCCAAAUAAAGAUGAGAAUAUUGAUAUAAAUAUAUUAAGAAAUAUUCAUCCAUGUUAUUCUAAUAUUCAAUGUACAUUAAGAGAAGAUUAUUUUUGUUUAUAUACAUCGAAAAAAAUAGAGAAUAAGAAAUAA